AUGCCGCUUCACCGGAUAUUCAUAAAUUUACAGUCCAAGUACUUCUCUCCCGCUUAUCGGUGCAAUAAAGCCAAACAAUACUCUCUGUUAGCAACCAAUACCAAAAUGUCAGCACAAUACCUCGACCUCGCGGUUGCGCCCGCAGAUACUGCGUUCGGACUGAUGGCCGACUUUGAAGCCGACUCUCACCCGAGAAAGGUAUCUCUGAUCGCUGGAGCAUAUCGCAACCAGAAUGGGGAUCCUUGGGUUCUCCCAAGUGUAAAAGAGGCAAAGAAGCGACUCAGUGACGCCACCCAUGAAUACCUCGGUAUAGCAGGAUCUCCUGGCUUCGUGAAACAAGCCAAAGAGCUUGUUUUCGGACCUCUCGCAGCCUACCUUCAGGAAAAUGCAGCAUCAAUCCAAACUGUCUCUGGGACAGGUGCAAACCAUGUCGCAGCCACCUUCUUAGCCAAUCACCUGCGUCCAAGCCAAGUCUUCAUUCCUUCUCCAACGUGGAUCAAUCACAAAUCCAUCUGGCAGAUGGCCGGGGUUCCAAUUGUCGAGUAUCCAUACUACUCCCCCUCGACGAAAGAAGUAGACAUGGCUGGGAUGCUGCAGUCCCUCGAACAGGCUAAGCCUAACGAUGCCGUCAUUCUGCAAGCUUGUGCGCAUAAUCCCACAGGCGUCGAUUUGUCAAAAGCCCAAUGGGAGCAAGUGGCCGAGCUGGUGCAACAGAAGAAAUUGUUCAUCGUUUUCGACAGUGCAUACCAGGGUUUUGCAACGGGUGAUGUGGAUGGCGAUGCAUGGGCUGUUCGAUAUUUCACCGAAGCUGUUCUUGCAUCAGAGUCGCACCCGGGUCUGUGCGUUGCCCAGUCAUUCUCUAAGAACUUUGGACUAUACGGCGAGCGUGUUGGUGCGUUGCAUUUAGUUGUGCCGCGGUCUCUAUCCGCCCAGGGCGCGCGGUCUAAAUUAAUGCUGAUUUCACGAGCGGAGUAUUCGAACCCGCCGCGGUAUGGAGCGAGUAUUGUUGAGACGGUCCUUGGUGAUAAGGAUCUCAGAUCACAGUGGAAAGCGGACCUGGAUACCAUGAGUUCACGAAUUCAUCGCAUGAGGAAUUUGCUGAGAAAGAAGCUGGAGGAAGAGACUCAGCGUGACUGGUCGAAUGUUGAGAAGCAGAUCGGCAUGUUUAGCUAUACCGGCUUGACCGCGGCGCAGGUUUCGCGUCUCCGGGAGGUAUAUCAUGUCUAUCUGUUGCCGUCCGGUCGAAUGAGUGUCUGUGGAUUGAAUGAGAGCAACAUCGAUUAUGUGGCGAAUGCCAUUGGUGAGGUGUUCCGGAACCCUUGA